AUGCGCGUAUCUCUUGUCGCGUUCUUCAGUUCGGCGGUUGUGCUGGGAGCCACCCCGUCUCUUGGCUCACCGGCCAAGCGAUCAUGCUCCCAGGCUGACCUGACCGUCAAGCUGGACGCUGGAGUUGUUCACGGCACCGUCGAGGCAGCCAACCCCGACGUACGCCAGUUCCUGGGUAUUCCUUAUGCCAAACCGCCCCUUGGCGACCUCAGAUUCGCACCUUCUGAGCGGCUGGAGUCUUUUGGCGAAAUCACGGCCGACACCUUACCACCAAGUUGUAUGCAGUACUUGACCAGUCUUGCCAGCAUCUGGACGUAUGAUGUCCUCCAAUUCAACGAAGAUGGGCUCAAUACUACUGGGCCACAGUCGGAGGAUUGCUUGACCAUAAGUGUUUGGGCGCCACGAGGCGCCAAGAAGAACCUCCCUGUUCUCCUUUGGAUAUACGGAGGCAGCUUCAAGACUGGAGGAGAAGAUGUUCCCUAUCAGAUACCCACUCAAUGGGUCCAACGGACACAAGACCACAUUGUAGUCUCUUUCAACUACCGAGUCAAUAUCUUUGGCUUUCCCAAUGCCGCUGGGCUAGACAACGACAAGCAGAAUCUGGGUCUGCUAGACCAGCGUCUGGCUGUUGAGUGGGUGAGGGACAAUAUUGCCCAAUUUGGAGGUGACGUGAACCGCAUCGGGCUCUGGGGUCAAUCAGCAGGAGGCAUCAGCGUGGCGUAUUAUAGUUACACCUAUCCUGAAGACCCCAUUGUUUCGGCACUACUGAUGAACUCUGGAAACGAGUAUCUUGAUAUCACUUCACCAGAUACCACACACUCCAACUUCACAUUCAUGGCUACACAAUUCGGCUGCGGCGACCUCGAGCCAGAGGAAGAAUUGGCAUGCAUGAGGACGGUUGAUGCUUCUGCCAUUGAAGAUUUCCUGCACGUUUACAUUGAUAACGGGACCGAGCCCACCGUGUCGUUUGCUCCCAUUGUUGACGAGAAGACUGUGUUUUCCGACUUUUAUGACCGCGCCUUGAAUGGAAGCGUGGCGGCCUUGCCGACGAUCAUGGGUUCCAACUUGGACGAUGGUAUUCCGUUCGUCACAUAUAGUCCCGAAGGGGUCAACCAAACAUUAGCAUACGAGGUUACGACACAGUACUUUUUCUGCCCUACAUUCAAGAGUGCCAAUAAUCGCGUUGCUGCUGGAGCGCCAGUCUUCCGGUAUGAGUAUUCGGGCAAUUUCAGCAACAUCUCACCCAAGCCAUGGAUGGGUGCUUGGCACAACUCGGAGCUGCCGCUCUUGUUUGGCACUCAUGCGAAUUAUCGUGGACCGUCCACGACAUUGGAGAUUGAAACCAGCAUUGCUCUUCAAGAUGCCUGGCUUUCUCUUGUUGCUGAUGGAGCUGCAGGCCCCGUGGCGCUUGGUUGGCCGCUGUACAAUAGGGAUGCUGGCAGUCUGCUCAGAGAAUUUGGCAAGGAUGUGGCUGCGCAGACGACCAGUUUUGAGGAUUGGGAGAGUACCUGUCCUGAAGCACUUCAGCCUUGA